UUAAAACCCAUUCAGAGUCGAAUAGUAUUUCCACUUUUGUCCAUGUUGGGAUGAGAACCAUCAGCCCCGUGGUGAUUUCAGAAAAAGAUGUGGUCUUGACUGACUAUGAUUUUCUGAUUGACGAUUAUUAUACGGUAAGAAACUAAGAAUCAGGUACUACCAUCUGGUUAAGCCAAUCUGAAGACUUCUAGUUUGGUAAGAACCACCAAACCACUACUGUAUUUAGUUUGGUCAGACUCUUAUAUCUUCGUUGCACCGGAACUUCACUUAUGAUGCAGUAUGGCGAGAACAGUGUUUUACACCAGGUUGACUGGUAUAGGGUGGUGCUCGAUGAAGCUCAUACUCUUGGAUCUUCAAGGGAAAAAGAAGGUGCUCAGGUUGCUUCUAUCUUGUCCUCUCAUUGCCGAUGGUGGUUGACAGGAACCCCUCUUAAGAUUGAUUUGGAAGACAUCUACAGCCUCUUAGGUUUCUUGCAUGUUGAACCAUGGCGCAACUGGGCAUGCUGGAACAAAUUAAUUCAGACGCCUUAUGACCAUGGUGAUCCAAGAGGACUGAGAUUGAUAAAGGACAUUUUGAGGCCAUUAAUGUUAAGAAGAACAAAGGAGGCAAAGGAGAAAGAUGGAAGCCCCAUACUCAUUCUUCCUCCUGACAUUGAAACCAUUGAGUGUCAUCAGUCUGAAGCUGAACAAGAGUUCUAUAAUGCCCUUUUUAAGAGAUCAAAAGUUCAGUUUGACCAGUUUGUGGCACAAGGAAAGGUUCUUCACAACUAUGCACAUGCCCUUGGGCUACUGCUUUGUUUAAGGCAGUGUUGCAACCACCCAUUUUUUGUUUCGAGUCAGCAUGAUUCACAAAACUUUGCAGACUUGGACAAGCCUGCCAGAAGAUUCCUUGAAACCCUUCAUGAUUCUCCAAGUUCAGAUCAGAUUCUCCCCACCCAAGCACAUGUCGGAGAGGUUGUUGAGGAUAUCGAUCGGGGUGGAAACACAGAGUGUCCCAUAUGCUUGGAUUGCACAUAUGAUCCUGUACUUACACCAUGUGGACAUAAGAUGUGCAGGGAGUGUCUGAUCUCAAGGUGGGAGAGACAAAGAUGGCCAUAUCUUGGUAGUUUUGGUCAAUGCCAAGUAUGUCGGAAAUGGAUGGACAAAACUGACCUCAAAACUUGCACAUUAGAAAACUGUUUCCAGGUUGGAGUCGAGGAAAACUGGAAGGAGUCUUCUAAGGUUUCAAAGCUCUUGGACAUCUUGGAACAAAUUCUUCAGUCAGGUCCUCAUGAAAAGUGCAUCAUUUUCAGUCAGUGGACUUCAUAUUUGGAUCUCUUGGAGGUCUCUAUGAAGAGAAGAAAUAUUAUGUUUCUAAGGAUUGAUGGCAAUCUGACAGAGGAUGAGACGAAUAGGGUUUUUAAUGACUUCAGCCUUUACCGCACCAAAGAUAAACAGGUCUUGUUGAUGUGUUUAAGAACUGAAGAUGUUGGUCACGAUUUGAGUGCAGCAUCUAAUAUCUUUUUAAUGGAUCCAUGGUGGAAUCCUGCUGUCGAGGAGAAAACACUUAUGAGAAUUAUACGCAGUAGACAACAUCCAACUGUUGUUAGAAGAUUUAUUGUCAAGGACACAGUGGAGGAACGCAUGCAACAGCUUCAGUCUAGAAAGCAGCAAAUGAGUGUGGAAGUUCUCCCUGUUGAGAAAGAUCGAUGGGCCAGAAUUGAGGACCUCAAAAUGAUUUUCAGAUGAAUUAUCCAUAUAUAUAUAUAGGACGUAAGUUGGAAACAACUAGUCACUAUGGGGCUCUUUCAUUCUGUGGUAUGCAACUUUAGAUCCCCCAGUUUUGUAAAUCUUGCGCUCAGCAAUACAAAUUUUCUUUAUUUAAAGGAUUCGUGACAGAAUUUGAUUUGUAAGGGGUCCGAUGGUGUGUUUUUAUAUGUUUGGGUAUGUUAUUGAUCACUA